AUGUCUGAGAAUGUUGCAAAAGCACAACUGCUGAACUUUAUUUUAAAUAAAAAGUACGGAGCCAAAGAGCAGUCCAACCCUAUUAUAGAAAAUCAGAUAAAGGCCUUGAAUGCGCCCGGCUGCUUGCUUGGGUUCAGAUCAGACUUUACAGUCGAUGAACUCAAUCAUUGGCUGGCAGAGCUGGAAAGUAUAUUUCCGAUUCAAGAGGAAAUACUGCAAGACCUGAUAUUUGGCAUGCUAUAUGGCUCUGAGGUGUUUCAAAAGCUGGCCAAGGCCAAGGAUUUCAAAUUUGCAAGUAUUUCCAAGCUUUAUAAGUCCAGAUUUGAGACGAAUAGGAAAUACUUGGCAGAAUUCAAUUCAAAGGACCAGGGAAAAAUCAACAUCCACGCCCCAAAGAGGAUUGUAACCAGGUUUCCGCCAGAGCCAUCAGGAUAUCUUCACAUUGGUCAUGCAAAAGCGGCAUUUCUUAACCAGUACAUGGCAAAGGACGGGAAAUUGCUGGUUCGGUUCGAUGAUACUAAUCCGGAAAAAGAGACCCUGGAGUUUGAAAAUGCAAUCCUCGAAGAUCUGGAGCUGUUGAAGAUUUCCGACUUCAAGCUUUCCCAUAGCUCCGACUAUUUUGACGUGAUAUUUGAAUAUGCCUGCCAGUUGGUAAAAGAGGGCAAAGCUUACGUUGAUAACACAGAGCUGGAAACCAUGAGGCAGCAAAGAACAGAUGGUGUUGCGUCUCGAAACAGGGAUCUUGAUCCCGAAACAUCACUCAAAAUCUUCAGGGCUAUGAAGGAUGGAAAAUAUAAAGAUUACUGUUUAAGAGCCAAAAUCAGCAUUGACAAUCCAAAUAAGGCCAUGAGAGACCCGGUAAUUUAUAGGCACGUUGAGACUGCUCAUCACUAUGCCGGAAAUAAGUAUAGAAUCUACCCAACUUAUGAUUUUACAGUUCCUAUUUUGGACAGCAUUGAGGGCGUGACGCUUGCCCUAAGGACAAACGAGUAUCGCGACAGGAAUGCGCAGUAUUACUGGUUCAUCGAUAACUUACGCCUGGAAAACAGACCAAAGAUUCACGACUUUUCUAGGCUGAAUUUUGAAAACACGGUUAUUUCAAAACGUAAAAUGAAGUACUACGUCGAAAAGGGAUAUGUUACAGGAUGGGAUGACCCAAGAAUGUGCACUUUGAGAGGUCUUGCCAGGCUUGGAAUGGAUAUGGGUGCUUUGAGAGAGUAUAUAGUUCAGCAAGGUGCCUCUCAAAAAACAGCUGUUGUUUCCUGGGAUAAGAUAUGGGCAUUGAAUAAGAAAGUGAUUGAUCCUCGCAGUCCACGACAUAGUGCUGUCCCUUUGAUGGACUAUGUUGUAUGCUAUAUUGAUACCUGUCCGGAAUGCAAUAUUGGCCAUCCCCACUGCCUGGAUAAGUCGGAUAGAUACAUCGAAAUUCCCAAGCACAAGAAGCAUUCUGAUCUCGGCAACAAACAGCUGCUUCUGUCAACGGAGAUUUUACUUUCACAGGCAGAUGCAUCCGUUCUGAAAAUUAACGAAGAAUUUACAUUGAUGAAUUGGGGAAAUGCGAUUGUCACAGAUAAAGCUGCUGAAAACGGAAAGAUUAGGUCACUGAGAAUUAAGCUCAAUCUCAACGGGGACUUUAAAACAACCGAGAACAAAAUAACCUGGAUUGCCAGAAAAGGCGCUGUGAUGGUGAAGUUCUAUGAGUAUGGUAAUUUACAGAAUGAUCUCAAUACCGAGGAUCUAGAUUUGAAGUUUAACCAGGACUCAAAAAAGGAAGAGUGGUGGCUAGCUGAGAGCUCGAUUUCUGAGAUCCGAAAGUCCCAAACACUACAGAUCGAGCGGAUUGGGUUUUUUAUAUGCGAUGGGCCAUUCGAAUUUAACUUGAUCCCAUUUACUAAGCAGAAAAGAACGGAGUAA